UAUGCGAUGUAUUUUUAAAUUGACAACAGGACCCUUUAAACAUUUUGCAAGAUCUUUAAAAUAAAGAAAAAUAGAAAAAUGUUUUUAGAAUCUGGAUUAUUUUUUCCUGCAGAUAAAAGAAUGGAUUUUUGGACCACUGUCUUUGUCUUGUGUGCAGUAUGGCCCAGUGCUUUGUCUGUGACACGGUACUCCAUAGCCGAGGAGAUGGAAAGGGGCUCUGUUGUCGCUAAUCUUGCUGCGGAUUUGGGACUUGAGCCUGCAGGUUUGGCGCAACGAGAGGUAAAACUUGAUAUUUUCACUAACAAAAAAUAUCUAGAUUUUAACAAAAAGACAGGGGAGCUCUAUAUUGUGGAAAAGGUGGACAGGGAAUAUCUUUGUCCGGCGAAACCUACAUCCUGUUUUCUAAAGCUUGAUGUUAUCAUAGAGAGCCCCUUACGUAUCUUCAACAUUGAGCUUGGAAUAACGGACAUAAAUGAUAACGCUCCACACUUUCGACGAGACAGAGUAGAGCUGGACGUUUCAGAGUCGGCAACACCGGGAGAGAGAUUCUCCCUGCCUAAUGCUGUGGAUCCAGACGUUGGCAUAAAUACAAUAAAAACAUACAAACUCAGUGUCAGUGAACAUUUCACCAUCGAAAUUCAGACGGGCAGUGAUGGAACUCAAUAUGUGGAUUUGGUGCUCACCAAGUCUUUAGACAGAGAGGAGAAUGCCGUUCAUAAUUUAAUACUGACUGCUGUGGACGGCGGUGUCCCUGUGCGCUCUGGCACUGCCAAUAUUAUUGUCCGGGUACAGGAUACAAACGACAAUCCCCCUCGGUUUGACAAGCAGAAUUACACAAUUAACAUGACAGAAAAUUCCCCCACCGGAACCUUAGUAAUGAAGCUUAAUGCUACAGAUCCUGACGAGGGUGUGAAUUCAGAGAUUGUGUAUUCGUUCACACUUUACACGUCUGAAAAAACACAAGAUGUCUUUGCAUUGAAUCCUAACACAGGAGAGAUAACUGUGAAGGGUACUAUUGACUAUGAAGAUAUGAAAUUUUAUGAGAUGCACAUUGAGGCAAGAGACAAAGGGAAGCAACCCUUACUGGGACAGUGUAAAGUAGUCGUCCACGUGACUGAUAUGAAUGACAAUUAUCCAGAUAUCAUCAUACAGUCUGUUAAAAGCACAGUGGAUGAGAACAUCCCAGUAGGGAGUGUCAUUGCUCUGGUAGGAGUAAGUGACAGAGACACUGGCGACAAUGGUAAAGUGAGCUUAUCUAUACAUCAGCCCAUGCCCUUUAUUCUUAACAAGUCAUCCGAAAGACCCAUGCAUUAUAAACUCAUAGUGUCUGAGCCUUUGGAUCGUGAAAAAGUACCUGAAUAUGACAUCAUAUUAAUAGUGACAGAUGCUGGAACUCCACCUUUAUCUGAUAAUGAAACAAUAACCGUGCAUCUGAUGGAUGUCAAUGACAACGCACCACAGUUCCCUCAGUCAUUUUCUACUAUACGUGUAAUGGAGAAUAACGCACCUGGGGCCUUGCUCAGUUCACUCACUGCCUUUGACCCUGACCUCCAUGAAAACCAGUAUCUAGUUUAUUUCAUCCUAGAGAAGGAGAUAGCCAACACCUCCAUGUCCAUGCUGUUCUCCAUCAAUCCAGAGAACGGUAAUCUUUACGCACUAAAAACAUUUGACUAUGAGAUCGAGAAGGAGUUUCUUUUCCACAUUGAGGCCAGAGACUCUGGCUCUCCUCCACUCAGCAGUAACAUGACCGUUCACAUCAUUAUUGUGGACCAGAAUGACAAUGCUCCAGUUAUUGUCUCUCCGUGGCGUGCGCACGGCUCAGUGGUGGAGGAAAAGAUCCCCAGAUCCACCGAUAAAGGCUCUCUGGUUGCCAAGGUGAUAGCCUUAGACACUGACUCGGUGCACAACUCUCGGAUUACCUACCAGUUUCUACAAGUGACUGACGCCACCUUGUUCAGUCUGGACCAAUACAACGGAGAGAUCCGGACUAUGAGGAUGUUCAGUUACAGAGAUCCACGCCACCAGAGACUGGUUGUUGUUGCCAAGGACAAUGGAGAGCCUGCUCUCUCUGCUACAGUCACCAUCAAGCUGUCUACAGUGGAGACUGCUGUUAAGGCCUACUCUGACAUGACUGAGGUGCCUCUAGAGUAUGACAUCUUCUCAGACCUCAACCUGUACUUGGUGAUCGGUCUGGGCUCAGUGUCAUUUCUCCUGCUCAUCACCAUAUUGGUCACCAUCGUGCUCAAGUGCCAGAAACCCAAACCCAGCAAAGCAGCUCCUCCCUGCAGGAACAGUGUGAUCAGUGAGAGGAACUCCACCAUCGCAGAUUCCACUCUGGUCUCCAACGAUGCCUACUGGUACAGUCUGUUUCUAGCAGAGACCAGGAAAGGAAAGCUGGUGGUCAGACAGCCUGUGCCAAAGGGCUCCAGAUACAUCGUGUCCAGUAUACCAAGAGGCACAGGAGUGACAGACACUAGUGACUCAGCAGCUUCCACUCUGCAGGACAAUUACUGA